AAAGCAGUGGGUCCGCCGGGGCUGAGCGCGGCCAUGCUGGGGGCCCGAUGGGUGCUGCGGGACCGGUGGGUGCUUCCCGCCGCCUCCCUGGCGCUGGGCGCGGGGCUGGGAGCCGCGCUCGCCACUCGCCGCCGGUCCCAAAGCGAUGAGGCUGAGGGGUUGCUGGCCCGCUUGCCCGUGGUGCCCGUGGUGGCUGCGGCCGGCCCGCCGGCGCUGCCGGGCUCCGGGCGGGUGGAGCUGACCAAGUACGGGCUGCCCGGGCUGGCGCAGCUGCGGAGCCGUGAGUCCUACGUGCUGUGCUACGACCCGCGGAGCCGCAGCGCGCUUUGGGUUGUGGAGCAGCUCAACCGGGAGACCCUCAGCGGCACCUCCGACCGCGGCGCCUGCGAAUUCCUUGAGGAUGAUUCGGUCCACGAGUACCACCGAGCCACCAACGCCGACUACCGCGGCAGCGGCUUCGACCGCGGGCACUUGGCCGCUGCUGCCAACCAUAAGUGGAGCCAGAAAGCCAUGCGGGACACCUUCUACCUCAGCAACAUCGCCCCGCAGGAUCCUCAUUUAAACCAGCAUGCCUGGAAUAACCUUGAGAAGUACAGUAGAGGCUUAGCAAGAUGCAACAAGAACGUCUAUGUCUGCACAGGACCCCUUUACCUGCCCAGAAUGGAGGCUGAUGGGAAGAUGUAUGUCAAGUACCAGGUGAUUGGGAAGAACAACGUGGCCGUCCCCACCCAUUUCUUCAAGGUGCUUAUUCUGGAAAAGGAGAGUGGGGAGAUUGAGCUGCGCUCAUAUGUGAUGCCCAACAGCCCUGUGGAUGAGAAAAUCCCCCUGGAACGAUUCCUGGUUCCCAUUGAGAGCAUUGAGCGAGCUUCAGGGCUCCUUUUUGUCCCAAACAUCUUGAAAAGAACAAGUAACUUGAAAGCCAUCACAGCUGGAAACAAGCACUGAAUACCAACUCAACAAAUCCAGGUAUCCCCUGGGGAGGGACUCACAGCAGUUGUCUGCAGAAUAAUAGUUCCUUGUGUAAUUUUAAAUGUGGGAAGUAAGAAUCAAACCAAUGCCUCUCUUUACCCUUCCCCUUGUUUCAUGUAAGAGUGAAACAUGCACGGGUGGCAGGUCCCUAGGGAGGUCCUGCAGAAGGCUCCUGGGUACUUCACACCAGUACAAUGUACCCCUGUAACUGGUCCUUUUAUCUGUGGCUUGUUAAGAUGCAAAGGGAAGUUACUGAAUUUAUUCUACUUAGCAAAGAAGGAUGGGAGCAAGAUGAGUACGGGGGAGGAGAGCUUCCUAUUUUUCUGUGGCCAAAGGACUGUUUGAUUGUUUACUUUCAAAAGAUGGUUUUAGCAGUAAAGCUUUGAACCCCCAAA